UUCUGCACAGAAUGUUACAAACUUCAAAGUACUGCGACCAUCUCUUUGAUUGUCACCUUCCCUCUGGUUUACUUUCUGUUAGCAAUGUGGUGGAGUCGGGUGGCACUGCGUCAUCUUCAUCGGGCUACUGCCAAGCCGUUGAUUCUCACAAGGGCUCCAGUCGGCUUCACACAGAGCAACAUGUCAACACUGCCACGGGUGUACGUCACACGCCAGAUCCCACCAGAGGGCCUGAGGAUCCUCCACGAAUCUGGACAAGUACAGUUUGAGCUGUGGGACUCUGAUGAUGUUCCAGUACCGAGGAAGGAGCUUCUCCAGAAGGUCAAAGGUGUUGAUGCCCUUCUUUGUGUACUGACUGAGAAGAUUGAUGCCGAACUGUUGGAUGCUGCAGGUCCCAACCUCAAGGUCCUCAGCACCAUGUCCGUGGGGUUUGACCACCUAUCCCUGGAGGAGCUGAAGAAAAGAGGAAUCCGUGUGGGUUACACGCCUGACGUUUUGACAGACGCUGUAGCUGAACUGACUGUAGCUCUGCUGUUGGCAACUUCCAGAAGGCUCAUUGAGGCAACACACGAAGCCAAGACUGGAGGUUGGGGGACUUGGAGAACUCUGUGGCUGUGUGGACAUGAACUAGCCAACAGCACAGUUGGUAUUUUAGGCUUGGGAAGGAUUGGUGUGGCUAUCGCUGAGCGCUUGGCUCCCUUUAAAGUGAAAAAGUUUAUCUACACAGACAUGGCCCCUCGGCCUGAAUUGGCAAGUGACAUCAAUGCAGAAUAUGUGUCUUUUGAUGAGCUUGCAAAGCAAUCAGAUUUCCUGUUAGCGUGUUGUGCGCUGACCCCUGAAACACAUAUGAUCUGCAACAAAAAUCUUUUCUCCAAGAUGAAAACAAACUCCAUCUUUAUCAACACAAGCAGAGGUGGCGUGGUUAAUCAAGAGGACCUGUAUGAGGCACUGGCCUCUAACCAAAUUGCAGGUGCAGGAUUAGACGUGACUGUACCUGAGCCUCUACCCACUGAUCAUCCAUUGUUUACCCUCAAAAACUGCGUGAUUCUGCCACACAUCGCCAGUGCCUCCUACAGCACCCGCAACGCCAUGUCCAGUCUAGCAGCAAACAACCUCCUGCUCGGCCUCCGCGAUAAACCAAUGAUAAAAGAGCUCAAACUGUAAGCUGGAAGUGGUUUUACUUACAGUGCCCUCUAUAAUUAUUGGCACCUCUGGUUAAGAUGUGUUUUUAAGCUUCUAAUAUAUAUAUAUUUUAAUUCAAAUAAUAUGGGACCUUAAUGGAAAAAAAGAGAAAAAUCCAACCUUCAAUACAAGUGCAUUUAUUCAGUGGGAAAAAAAAUCCCACAUAAAGAAAUAAUUAUUUGACAUCAAAUAAUGUGUGUCACAAAUAUUAGCGCCCCUGGUGUUAAUACUUUGUACAACCCCCUUUUGCCAACAAAACAGCACCUAAUCUUCUCCUAGAAUGUUUCAAAAGAUGGACAAAGACAGAAAGAGGGAUCUUCAGCCAUUCCUCUUUGAAAAAUCUCUCUAAAUCAUCCAGAGACAUGGGUCCUCUCCUCUUCAGCUCACCCAGCAACAGAUUUUGAUUUAAAAUGUCCUGGUAUUUCAAAGCAUUCAUGAUGCCAUGAACCCUAACAAGGUUCCCAGGGCCUUUGGAAGCGAAACAGCCCCACAGCAUCACUGACCCACCCCCAUACUUCACAGUGGGUAUGAGGUGCUUUUCAGCGUGCGCAUCUUUCGUGGCACGCAAGACCCACUUAGAGUGUUUGUUGCCAAAAAGCUCAAUCUUAGUCUCAUCUGACCAGAGCAGACGGUCCCAGGCUUCAACUGGGACCGUGUGCUUUAGCCAAUAAUUAUGGAGGGCACUGUAGGAGAACUAACAAAAAAAGACAUAAAAAACUAAAGCAGCCACCCAGUAUUUUCUAGAAAUAAUAAAAAAAAAGAGAAAACAA